AUGUCCUACCUGGAUGCCGCCCAAUCAAGUCGGGUCAGCCAGGCAUAUCGGACCCUUGGCUUGGUACCCAUCAGUUCUCAAUACCACUCGGGUGCAAGAACAUUUACAGCACAUCGACGCAAGAUUGCCAUCCAGGAUGAAAAGCUGGCAUUAUCACGAGAAGACGUAGUGAAAGACCCGCGAACAAAUACCGAAGAGUCGUUUCCGUUCAUGGAACUGCCCGCAGAAAUCAGAGUCCGAAUCUAUCAAUACGCUCUAGUACGACCACGAAGAUUGCAUCUCGAGGUCGCACGGACACCAGCUCUGGCUUGCGUAUCCAAGCAAAUCAGACGGGAAUGUCUUCCAACCUUCCUGCGGGUAAACAGCUUCCAAGCUUCAUACACAAGAGGCCUAGACAGAACCUUUGGCCUGAGUUUCGCAGACGAAACCCUGGCAUGGUUGCAAACACUAUCCUUCACAGCAAGACUGAUUCAAGACCUCAGAAUCACAUUUCAAGGAGAUCUCGGACAGGGGGGCCACAGAUCGAUUGUCUUCCAAAUUCUCGCCACCGCAAAGGAGACCUGGGUCAAUCACUUCAAUCGCUGGUGUCCGUUUUGUAUAGACGGCUACCAUGGCUCCUAUUACCAUCUUCCGCACCCAAACUACGAUCACCCAUGUCUGAAAACCAACCCGCUGAAGCUCAAAGGCAUGCACGAUGAAUUCGUGGCUGCUGUGGAGCGUACCUACUUUAAGCUUUCGGACGACUGGGGCAGAGGCGGUCUCUCCAUUUGCGAAGUCAUUGAUCUGGCGAAGGCGGCGGAUGAGAUAAAACAGAACCCGGAUGUGUUUAUACCGUUUUGCUUUUCGAUACAAAAGUUGAUCGAGCAUACGGACAAGAUUGCAAAGUGGGCGGGUGUGUAUAGUGAUUAUCUGGCAUCGCAAAGGGCGCAAGAGGCUUUGCUCGAGGCUGAUGGGCUUGAAGAAGAAGAGUUUGCUCUGCAAUGA